GUAAGCACUUCAGCGGCCGUACCUCUCUGUAACAACAUUUAGUACAAAGGUUAAUUUGUGCCUUUUCAACAUGGACCCAACACCCACAAAAGAGGCAGAGAAGCACUGCGUUCUGUGCUGCCAAGAAGUCGACAUCUUCGCCUUAGGAAAAUGCGACCACCCGGUUUGUUACCGCUGCUCCACCAAGAUGAGGGUGCUCUGCGACCAGAAGUACUGCGCUGUCUGCCGGGAGGAGCUCGACAAGGUGGUGUUUGUAAAGAAAUUGGAGGCCUUCUCGUCUCUGCCCUACCAGCAGUUCCCCUGUGAGAAGAAGCAUGACAUCUAUUUUGGUGAUGAGAAAAUCUAUGCUCAGUACAGGCAUCUGCUGCUGUCAGAGUGCGUCCGCUGUUCAGAGUCUAAGGUCUUUGCAAGAUUUGAGGAGCUGGAGCAACACAUGAGGAAGCAGCAUGAACUUUUCUGUUGCAAGCUCUGCACAAAGCAUCUCAAGAUCUUCUCCCAUGAGCGGAAGUGGUACAACCGUAAGGAACUGGCACGUCACAGAGCACAUGGAGACCCAGACGACACAAGUCACAGAGGACACCCGCUCUGCAAAUUCUGUGACGACCGUUACCUUGAUAAUGAUGAGCUGCUGAAACACUUGCGCAGGGACCACUACUUCUGCCACUUCUGCGAUGCAGAUGGUUCUCAGGAAUAUUACAGUGAUUACCAGUACUUGAGUGAGCACUUCAGAGAGAGUCAUUACCUGUGUGAGGAAGGCCGCUGUGCCACGGAACAGUUCACCCAUGCAUUCCGCAGUGAGAUCGACUACAAGGCCCACAAGGCUGCAGCACACAGCAAGAACCGGGCAGAGGCUCGACAGAACCGCCACAUCGACCUGCAGUUCAGCUACGCCCCGAGACCACAGAGGAGAAAUGAAGGUCUGGUGACAAGCGAGGACUACGAGGAGACCCGUCACAAUCGAGGAGGAAGAGGACGGCCUCAUGGGGGACAGAAGAGCUGGAGAUAUUCUCGAGAGGAAGAGGACAGGCAGAUAGAAGCUGCUAUGAGGGCUUCCAUGGCAACACAUAGACAGGAGGAGAGAGGAGCUGUGCAGGAGAGGAGCGCUCCUAAACACAGUAGAGAGGAGAGGAUGGAAAGAACAGAACCAGAAGAGCCCAGACACAGGACCGGACACAUCAAACCAACAAACAAACCUCCAGUAAGAACAAUGAAGAGCACUAAUCCAGGAGAAGAAGACGACUUCCCAGCUUUGGGAGCCACAGCUGCGACAUCCAUUGUAAAGUCAGCUCCUGCAGCAGUUCCAGCAACCCGUGCAGCUUUGAAGGAGGACGACUUCCCUAGCCUCUCAGCUGUAGCUGUCGCAUCCCCCAUGACCCCGGCGUACACUGCCCAAACCAAGAAGACUUCCUCUUUCCAAGAGGAGGAUUUCCCUGCCCUCGUGUCCAAAAUCCGCCCUUUCAAACCUACAGCAGGCACCAACUCUGCUUGGUCAAACAAUACUGCUGUAGGUAAACCCAUCUCUCAUCCUCCUCCCUCCUCCAGACCUCCCCCUCCAUUGUCAUCUGCGUCCUCUGGCCCUCAGCUCCUCUCCUCCCCAACUUCUUCAUCCUCACGGAGGAAAAAGAAAGUAGGAGAGAACGGGAAGGCAGCAUCUGCCCGGUCUCCUCCUUCCUCAGAUGAUGAGAGCGGGGGAAUGACACAGCAGGAGUUCCGCUCAGUGCCCACCAUGUUGGACAUUUCCUCUCUGCUCACUGUUAAAGGAGGCAACAGUAAACCCUCCACUGUGAACUCCGGCUCUUCAAACCCAGCCCCCAACACUGAUCUCCCUACCUCCAAAGCCAGCAAGAAGAAAAAACACCAGAAGAACACAGCAGCUCCCUCUACAUCUGUAUCCUCAACUAUGACGACAACUGUAAAUACGAUCUCAGUGGAAAAGGCUGCACAGAAGGAGAACGUCCCUGAGAAAACUCCCAGCAAACCUCUUUCCAGCUCUGUGACAGCAGCACUUACAAGCGGAUUGGCUAAUGGUCUCCCUGAGAAAUCACCACCCAUUAGCAAGGAGCCAGUUGCGAUAACCCCUCACCCUAAAACAGACCCUCCUCCUGAACAGGAGGAAGAGUUUCCUGCUCUCAUGACCAAGAAACCGCCACCAGGCUUCAAGCCCUCCUUCCCGAUGAAGGCCUCAUCUCUGUCCUCCACAAUGCCCCCACCUCCACCCGGUUUGGCAAUCUCAGCCCCUAAGCCUCCCCCAGGCUUCACUGGGAUCCCCCUCAACAGCAAUGUGGUGGAGCCUGCUCCUUCUGCAGUCAACCUGGCCCCUAAGUUCUCUAGCAGUGGUUACCGAGUUCCAGAGGACUUCCAGCAGAGGAACCUGGAGCUGAUCCAGUCAAUUAGAAAGUACCUCCACAACGAUGAGUCAAAGUUCAACCAGUUCAAAAACUACUCUGCACAGUUCAGACAGGGCGUGAUAUCAGCAGCUCAGUAUCACCGCAGCUGUAAGGACCUGCUCGGAGAUGAUUUCAACCGCAUCUUCAACGAGCUGCUGGUGCUCUUGCCAGACACCGGCAAGCAACAGGAGCUGCUGACUGCCCACGGAGACUGUAAGGCCCUGGAGAAACAGUCGGGGGCUGGAGGAGGAAAGAAAAACAAGAACAAGAAGAACGCCUGGCAGACACCUAGCACGGCGGCUAACGUAGCAGCCGAGCUGGACUGCCAGGUGUGCCCCACUUGCAGACAGGUACUGGCCCCCAAAGACUUCAACUCCCACAAGACCCUGCACAUCAGGGAGAGUGAGGAGUUCCCUUCCUUGCAGUCAAUUAGCCGUAUCAUUAGCUAGCCCCUCGUUUUUUUUCCCCCUCUGCUCCGUUUGCCACUGUGGGGCAAAUUUUCAGUUGCCCCUGCAGCCCUGUGAAAGUCAUGCAGGAGCCAUGCAGUGUGGAAAUCAGCUGCCUGUUUACUGAGCGACCACAUCUGAGAAGAGCCGGGGCCUCUGUAUCUCAUACUGAAGGUGAAUUUGGUUUAUGAUGUUUUUACUUUCUGUUGAGGAUUAUAUUGAUAGAUUUGUGAGAAUGGUUUCUACAGUUUAGACACACGGGGUUGUUGCAGCUCAACUCUUCUUUCAACUUGCAUCCUUUGAGGACGUCUCCAGCUGGCACUGGCACUGGCAAUGUCUAAUCAGUUUAUUUAAUGAAAGCAGAGACACAAGAUGAGGCUUUACUUGAAGAAUGUUUUGCUCCCUAGUACAAAAGUAUAUUGGUAUAAGUAUUUUGUACCAUGCUUUGUGCUUUCACUUUAACAGAUAACAAACAUUUCUUUUGUCAACAUCAGAGUUGAUAAAGUUGUGUAAAAUUCCCCGGAGGGCCUGCUUAACAAAAUAAACACAUACAUGCUCAGUUCAACAUUUUAGAACCAUAUUUAUUGAAGCGUAGCUAUUUAAUUGCUUUUAAUUAUUGGUUGCUUCAUGCAGGGGAAGGUGUGUUUGAGUGAAUGCAUUGUUCCCUGUCAGAGGCGUCAUGUAGGAGCAUGAGAGACAGGAAGUAAGCUGCUUCAGUAAAUAGAACAAAUUUCAGUUCAGGGUUUGAAUGUGUUUGUAUACCAUUUUCAUUUAUUCUGUUCAUGUCACUCACCAGUGGAUCUGGUUUACUGACUGACUGAUAGACUGGUUAAUUGGAGCAGUGGUGUUGCACAGGGUUUCAAAUGGUAACUAAAGACCUAAACAAUGAAA